ACGGAUAUUACGACUGUAGCCGCCGAACAGUGAAUAGUCUCGUACAUACAUCGCAACCACACGCCGGUCGGUGUAUUCGUUUUGCGUUGUCGUCGUGUUGUCGUCUGCUGCCUGCUACCCGCGCGUUCCAUUACAUUGUGUCGUCGUAAGAAGCUUCCUUCCAACCGCUACAAAUAUGGCCAACAUUGAUCCGGUUGCGCACCGUCGAUACAAGGAGAAAAAGAUUGUAACUAACCAUGCUGCUGCCAGUACUGCUGCCGAUGCCGGUGACGAUGGCCACGUGGCUGAAGAGCAUGAUGCGACGGCAGAGGCAGCGGUAGUAGAGGAGGCACCAUUGGAACGGCAACAGCAACCACAAACAAAGCUGUCCAGUGGGGGUAGCGUUGAAACUGUUUCCGGUGCACCAAUCGAACGACGUGACCCGAUCGAGCUGGAAACGGAGGACAAGCUGGAGUACCGCUUCGUGCCAACCGGCAACGGGGUGGUCAACUUCAAGGUGCGCGCACCGAACGAUGCCCACAUCGCGCUCACCACCAACCCGGAGGAGUCGGACCCGAUGCUGGAGGUGUUUAUCGGUGGCUGGAAGAACACCAAGUCGGUCAUUCGCAAGAACCGCACCAAGCCGGACGUGGCGGAGGUGGAAACGCCCGACAUUCUGAACGCGGGCGAGUUCCGGGGCUUCUGGAUCCGUUGGCAGGAUAAUGUGAUUACGGUCGGUAAUGAAGGAUCGGCCGCUGCCUUCCUGUCGUACGAAAACCCGGAACCGUUCCCGAUCAACUGCGUCGGUUUCUGUACGGGCUGGGGUGCGACCGGAUCGUGGCUGAUUGAACCGGCCUCGGAGCAGGCGAGCCCAUCGGCCCCGACGGCCGCCGCCCUGAGUGCUGGCGGAGCUGCCUGCUGGGUUGCGGCGGCUAAUGGGGAAAUUCCCCCGAACGCGGUGGUCGGUGGUUCGGACGGUGAGGAUAUGUACAUUGGGCGGGCCCAGCACGAGGGUGGCAUCAUCCCCGGAAAGGUGGUCGCCUCGCACGGUGUGUGCUAUAUUGCGUGGGGUGGGGCCGAGAACCCGAAGGCCGAGUACGAGGUGCUGUGCGAUUUCGGGGGCGAGUUUGUGCCGGCGAGUGGUAGCGACAUUCCGCCCACGGCCCUGCCGGCCGGCGAAUCCGAGGACGGUGAGCCACUGUUCAUUGGGCGGGUGACGCACGAGGGCACGGUGACGGUGGGCAAGGUGCAGCCGUCCCACGGCGUUUGCUACAUUCCGUACGGCGGUCAGGAGCUUGCGUUCGCCGAGUACGAGAUCUUCGUCAGUCCUUAAGGAGGGCGUCCAACGCGCCACAAGGAGGGUCCGUUACCAAUAUGCGUUAACCCUUUGCGCCACUGCCUUUGCAGGGGGUGGCGAGGGAGAUGUUUUAGAAUUAUGCUAUAAACACACACCCACACACACACCAACACAUUUUACAUAUAAACAUGGCGCAGCACGCAGUUAAACGCACAGUCAAACACGCACACAUAGUCAGGUCGAAGGAGAAGCAGUGCAACGGGGUCGAGCUUACUUUUAAAAAGCGCAUGCCUGCAAAUGUUAUUGAACGAUGUUUAAUUUAUGAGCUUUAGAUAUUUAUGAUACCCCACAGCGAGAUAACAGUAUAAUAACCCUUUUCAGUGCAGUAGCAAGGAAGCAGUUCGUUAAAAUAAAUGAUCUAAAGUAACAGGAA